GGCCCGCUCUAUGGUUUGGGGCCUUGGCGGAAGGAAGCGCUUUGCCUGAGAGGAAAGGUGCAAAGGCGGUUGUUUGGGUCCGAGUGGCUUAAAGAGGAAGGGCAGAAGCCGGCCGCUAUGGGGGUGCCGAAGUUUUAUCGGUGGGUCUCGGAGCGGUAUCCUUGCCUCAGUCAGGUGGUGAAGGAGCAUCAGAUUCCAGAAUUUGACAACUUAUAUUUGGACAUGAAUGGCAUUAUUCAUCAAUGUUCACAUCCUAAUGAUGAUGAUGUUCAUUUCCGAAUCUCUGAAGAUAAGGUCUUUGCUGAUAUAUUUCACUAUUUAGAAGUUUUAUUUCGCAUUAUUAAACCAAGAAAAGUUUUUUUUAUGGCAGUUGAUGGAGUAGCUCCAAGAGCAAAAAUGAACCAGCAACGUGGCAGACGUUUUAGGUCAGCAAGGGAAGCAGAAGACAAAAUUAAGAAGGCGUUAGAAAAAGGAGAAAUUCUUCCAACUGAGUCCAGAUUUGAUUCUAAUUGCAUUACACCAGGGACUGAAUUCAUGGCCAGGUUGCACGAACACCUGAAGUAUUUUGUAAACAUGAAAAUUUCCACCGACAAAUCUUGGCAAGGCAUAACUGUCUACUUAUCAGGCCACGAGACACCAGGAGAAGGAGAACAUAAAAUUAUGGAAUUUAUUAGAUCAGAAAAAACAAAGCCUGACCAUGAUCCAAACACAAGACAUUGUCUCUAUGGUUUAGAUGCUGACUUGAUAAUUCUUGGGCUGACAAGUCAUGAGCCACACUUCUCCCUUUUAAGAGAAGAGGUCCGGUUUGGUGGCAAAAAAUCCCAAAGAGCAAGUGCCCCAGAAGAAACCACUUUUCAUCUUUUGCACUUAUCAUUAAUGAGAGAAUACAUUGACUAUGAAUUUUCACCAGUUAAAGACAAGAUUUCGUUUCCAUAUGAAAUUGAAAGAAUAAUAGAUGACUGGAUUUUAAUGGGUUUUCUUGUUGGAAAUGAUUUUAUUCCUCAUCUACCUCAUUUUCAUAUUAACCAUGAUGCAUUACCGCUGCUUUAUAGAACAUACAUGACUACAUUGCCUGAACUUGGAGGUUAUAUAAAUGAAAGUGGGCACCUCAACUUGCCCCGCUUUGAGAAAUACCUUAUAAAAUUAUCAGAUUUUGAUCGUGAACACUUCAGUGAAAUCUUUGUAGAUCUAAAAUGGUUUGAAAGCAAAGUUGGUAAUAAAUAUUUAAAUGAAGCAGCUGGUAUUGCAGCUGAAGAGUCAAAAAAACAAAAAAAUCUCAAGGCUCAGGAAAAUGUUAUAUGCUUGGAUGCUCUAGAGAAAACUGACAAUGGAAAUGUAGAAACUUCAAAAACAGCAUUAGAAGAAGAACUGGAAGAUGAUGGUUUGUUUGAAGCAGAAUUUAGACAAUACAAACGAACAUAUUAUAUGACAAAGUUGGGUGUAGAAGUUGUUUCAAAUGACUUUCUGGCUGACCAGGCAAAAUGUUAUGUCCAGGCAAUACAGUGGAUAUUGCAUUAUUACUACCAUGGUGUUCAAUCAUGGAGCUGGUACUACCCUUUCCAUUAUGCACCUUAUCUCUCAGAUAUUUGCAAUAUCAGUGAACUGAAGAUUCAUUUAGAUUUAGGAAAACCAUUUAUGCCAUUUGAACAACUUCUUGCAGUACUGCCUGCAGCUAGCAAGGAUUUAUUACCAAAAUGUUACCAGCAUUUAAUGACUAGUGACGAGUCUCCCAUUAUUGAAUAUUAUCCAACAGAAUUUAAAACUGAUUUAAAUGGAAAGCAACAAGAAUGGGAAGCUGUAGUUUUAAUCCCAUUUAUUGAUGAGAAACUGUUAUUAGAAGCCAUGGCACCAUGCAACAAAUUAUUGAAAGCAGAAGAAAAGCAAAGAAAUAGACACAGUGAAUGCCUAAUGUACUUAUAUGAUAGAGAUACAGAAUUCCAGUAUUUAUCACCAUGGCCAGAAAAGUUCCUUUCCAUAGAAAAAUGUCAUACAAGGUGUGAAGCUGUGUCUAUGGAUGCUUGGCAUGUGGAUAUAGCUGAUAAUAAAAUAACUCAUUUAGAUACGGAGAAGUUAUAUUUUUGUGGCUUUCCUACUCUAAAACACAUUAAUCACAAGUUUGGUCUGAAAAAAAGUGGAGUGCAAGUAUUUCAGCAAAGCAGUCAUGGAGAAAAUAUGUUGCUAGAAAUUAUAGCUGCAGAAGACUCAGAGGAGUUUGAUAUAGAAAAAGUAGCCAGUAUGAUACUUGGGAAAUCAGUCUUUGUUAACUGGCCACAUCUUGAAGAAGCCAGAGCUGUUGCUGUAUCUGAUGGUGACACUAAGUUUUACUUGGAGGAGCGUCCUGGAACCCAAAAACUUUAUAGGGGAAAUGCUGUGCCACCAACUAAAGUAACAUUUGUUGGAGAAAAGGAAAAUAAUGUAUGGAUAAAAGAAAUCCAGGGAAUUUCAGAACACUACCAAAGAAGAAAAGGAGUAAUUAUAAAUGAAACAUCUAUAAUUGUAUAUGCCCAAUUACUAACUGGGAGUAGAUAUCAGUUAAAUCAAAAUGGUGAAGUGUAUUUUGAAAAACAGUGGUCCAAGCAAAAUCUACCUUUUGCAUACCAGACAAUUGUCAAGGAUAUAAAAACUUUUGAUUGCCACUCCUCCAAACUAAAAACUUUGGAUGACCUAUUCCCUCUUGGAUGCACAGUUUUCAUGCUAGGAACACCUUACUAUGGCUGCACAGGAGAAGUUCAGGAUUCUUCUGAUGUAAUCUCAGAUGGCAGAAUCCGUGUUGUUUUCAACAUUCCAAUUGAACCUCAACUGGAUAUCUUAAUACAGAAUCAGCAUAAAUAUUCUGUGAAAUAUAAUCCUGCAUAUGUGUUGGCCAGUCGCCUUGGAGUGAGCAGCUAUCUUGUUUCAAGAUUUACAGGAAGCAUUUUUAUUGGAAGAGGAGCCAGGAGAAAUCCACGUGGAGACCAUAAAGCAAAUGUAGGUUUAAAUCUGAAAUUCAAUAAGAGGAAUGAAGAAGUCCCUGGCUACACUAAAAAAGUUGGAAAUGAAUGGAUGUAUUCCUCUGCAGUGGAGCAGCUUCUAGCUGAAUAUUUAGAAAGGGUACCAGAACUUUUUACUUACUUAGCCAAAAAUAGUCCAGAAGAUAUAUUUUAUGAAGAUGACAUUUGGCCAGGUGAAGAGGAGAAUGGUGCUGAGAAGGUUCAAGAAAUCAUGUCAUGGCUAAAGGCUCAUCCUGUCAGUACACUUUCACGUUCAUCUUGUGAUUUGCAAAUUCUGGAUGCAGCUAUCAUUGAAAAGAUUGAAGAAGAAAUAGACAAAUGCAAGCAAAGAAAAAGUAAUAAGAAAGUGCGUGUGACAGUGAAACCUCACUUAUUAUACAGACCUUUAGAACAACAACAUGGAAUUUUUCCAGAUCAAGAUGCAGAAUAUCGAUUGUUUGACCGUGUUGUGAAUGUGAGAGAGAACUUUUCUGUUCCCCUUGGACUUCGUGGUAGUAUAAUAGGAAUUAAAGGAGCCAGCAGAGAAUCUGAUGUGCUAUAUGAAGUACUGUUUGAUGAAGAUUUUCAUGGAGGUUUAACAAUAAGGAGUUCACCUUCCAGAGGAUACCGCAUGCCAGCUUGUGCCUUAAUUAACAUAUCUCAUGGCUAUCGAACUGAAACAGGAAAUCAGAAGCUAACAGCCAUAGUUAAGCCACAGCCAGCUGUGAGUUCCUACAACUUAUAUUCAUCUGAAACCUUUUCUGUAUCUUCCCAAAAAGCACAUCUAGGAGGCCUCAAUCAUUCUCCUCGUUCCCUCUUUGUUCCAACUCAACAAUUGAAUGGAAGACAGCAUAAUAGUAUCAAAGCAGAAAAGCAGGGUUAUUCCAGUUCUCACCAGAAAGUAACCUAUACAAGUAGCCAUCAGAAAUGCAAACAAGCUCACAAUAAAAAAGAUGAUGAAUUUUGCAACAUUUGGCAAUCAUUGCAGAACCCUGGAAAGUCUCAGCCUUCCAUACAAAAUAAGGAUGAAAUGGGUGAAGUUUUUUUACCUCAAUAUGUAAAAUUCGGUGCCAGUAAUAGGUCCUGCAAACCAGGUUUCAAUGAGAAUAGCUUUAAAAGCCAGCAAAAAGCCCAGGACUCAUUUAGGAAAUCCAAAGAGGAUUCUAAAGAGCCAAGAAAUGAAGGUCAAACACAAAAAAUAGCAAACAAACUGGAUUUUGCAGGUGUAAGUAAGAGUAAUGUAAAGCUUUUGAAGAGAAAUGAAGGCUCAAGUACACAAAUAGAACAAAAGUCUGCAGUUCAUGAUCCCAGCAUAACUGCAAAGAAUGGGUCUGAACUUGGAGAUAUUUUGGCAUCUUUAAAAAUUUUCAAAGAAAAGGAACAAUCACCUGAUUCCAAGGAGUCAACAAAAGAAGAUCAUUUAUCUCCCCAGUCUUUUGCCAUGAAAGGAACACAGAUGCUCAAAGAAAUUUUGAAGAUAGAUGCUUCUGCCACUCCAGAAGGAAAGACUAAUGAAAUUUCACCUUCCACUUGUAAACAGGACUCUUUUGAACCUGCAUCACAAUGCAAACACCCCCAAAAGAUAGUGGACUUCAUGAAUAAAUCUAAUAUUGGAGUGUCACAGAACAUUCAAGCCAUGGGAAAAGGAAGCUAUUCUCCCCUUGGAACACCAAAUACAAUAUCUACUGCUGUGUCUGAACUUUCUCGUAUCUGUUCCCUUGUUGGAAUGUUGCAACCAGAUUUCUCAUUCCUUAGAACCCCACAGACAAUGACAGUUUGUCAAGUGAAGUUAUCCAAUGGCUUAUUAGUGCAUGGGCCUCAGUGCCAUUCUCAACAUGAGGCCAAGGAGAAAGCAGCAUUUUUUGCUUUACAACAGUUGAGCUCUAUUGGGAUGAAUUUUCCCAUGCCACCACAGCAACCAUUGCCACCCCCACCAAUAUUUCCAAAUUAUCAGCCACUGGGAAAUUUCAUGGCACCUAGAUCUAUCCCUCCAGUUUUCAAUCAACAGCAGACUGCUAAUAUAUUUCCGUCAUCAUUUCCUGCCUUUGGUUCAGUGCAGUGGGGAGCACCAAUGCCAGUUCACAACAAAUCUUAUUACACAGGUUCAUAUCCUGGAAGUGCAUAUCCUGCAACUAUACCAGUUGGUACACAUAACCAAUUUAUACCUUUGCAGGUAACUAAAAAAACAGCUGCAAACAAAAUAAAUUGUGAGUCUAAAGAGUUCCAAACUUCUCUUCAGGAGACACAGUUAAAGAAUGAUCAGUCAGUAUCUGACACCACAAAACUGAAUUCACCAGCUACUUCCUCAGAUCCUUUAAGACCCUCUCAAACUGUUCAAUCUGCACCAUCUUUUCAAGAAAAAAUUGUAUCUCCAAAUUCAAGGGUACCUCAUAAAAAGUCAACACCAAAUGUUUCUACCAAACGAAAACCCAGAAAAUUGGCUGUCAAUUUUGGCGCAUCGAAAUCUUCAGAAUAAGUAUGGUACACAGAAUGCUUACCUUUCUAUUGUAUUUUACAAAUAAAUACAAUUUAAAAUUUUAAUUCUGAUCCAAAUUAUGCUUUUAAUUAAUAUUUUCUGCUACACAUUAUUUUUAAUACUAAUUGUGCUCAUUAAAGAACUUUAAUUGAUAAAAUCCAGAAAAUGUUGAAUUAAGGUAGUUAUACAAGCCAUCUUGCCUAUUUUUUAAAAUGGCUUUUAAACAUUAACACAAGAAAGCAGCAAUAAUAUUGAUAGCGCUAGAAUCGCUUUUUUAAAACUGGAAGUGAGUCUAAAAGAAUUAUUCCUGAUGAUUUGUCUCCUUUUUAAAGAUUACAUAACUUACUAUUUAUAUGUAACCAAUAUUUUAUUUCUAUAUUUCAGAUUCUUUAAUCGGAUACAGUAUGAAUAGAUUUUAACUAUUGUUGCACUGCCAACUUUACCUAAAGUUAUAAGUAGGAAUUAUACCAAAGCAAUUUGAGAACUUAAACAUGUUAUAAAAUUAUUGUACAAGUAGUCCUCAAUUUAUGACAAUUAGGACCAGAAUUUCUGUCACUGAAGUGCUGUGGUCAUAAAGUAAGUUAUUGACUACAUUGCUUAAUGACUGCAAUCCCAGCAGUCCUCGUUCUGUCAUUAACCAAGAAUUGUUGAUCUUUAAGCGAGUACCCACCUAGUCCAAACCAUCCCAAGUUUUGUCCUUCCCAGCCAAAGUGUCAAUAAAGGGACUGCCUCUAGUUCCCCCCACCCACCUAUUUCACACCCAGUCCCUGCACUUUGGACACCCUGCCCUCUGCUUUGUGGAGCAGCAACAGCAUGACUGUGAGGCUGUGUGACACGCCAUGGAAAGCACAGCCCAGUCCUAGUUAACCUCACCAUCCUGCACUAGCAGACCCCUAACACCCUGUGCUCUGCAACCACCCACUGACCUUCAUGUAUGCCUAAUCUGGCUGCUGGGCUGGGCAGCACUUCAGUUUGGGGGGCGGGGGCGGAGUUCAAGGCAGCCCUUUUGCAAAAAAAAAAAAAAAAACCUUUUUAGCAAAGCUGAGCUUUAUGUCCCAAAAUUUAAAAAAACUAAAAGCAGUCCCAAGGAGGGGAGGGUUGGAAUAGUAAACUCAUCCCUUCCAGAAGCUCUUUACAAAAGGUUGCUUUGAGGGUUUUUUCCUCCUCUUUUAGAAACAGGAAGCUCACCCCCAUCCAGAAGCUGGUUACAACAGGUCUUCUUUGGGUUCUAUUUUUCCACAACUGAAGCCAAGUCUACCAACCAAGCCAGGCAUACCUCAUCAGCAAUGGGAGGAAGAAGACAGUGAAAGUCAGCUGAGGCAGUGAAGUACAGGGUGUCAGGGUUCCAAAAAGGCACGGAUGGAGGCAUAAACAAGGAGGAAUUGAAGUGCCCCUGUAGUCAUAAAUGUAGGCAGGCUUACAAGCACUCAAAAUUUGAUCAGGCAACCAUAGGGGUUCUACAACAACUGUAAUUCAGGCAUAGGUUGUAAGUCUUUAUUCAGCGCCAUCAUAUCUUUGAACAGUCACUAACAAAUGGUGUUCAAGGACUACUUCUAAAUGUCUUUAAGUAAAGGUCCCAAUGUUCUAGCAAUUUAUUUUUGAUCUGCUUUUAUCCUGAACACAAAAAUUAUUUUUGCACAUUGCUCAGUAAACCUAUACAACAUGAACUCUGAACCUAUCCUUAUUUAUGAAAAUGAACUCUUUACAAUUUGGAACAGUUGUUUCUUUAUAGGAUAAAAAUUUGAUAUGAUUCCUUUAAAAACAUAAUUUACAAUCUUAACUCAUACUUGGACACAACACAAGUCUUUUUGUUUUUGUUUUAUUGUUCACCUUCAGUGUCUUUUGGGAGAAAUAAAACAUGAAUCAGCAGGAUACUGUUUUAUUACUAACUUUUGAAACAUUCAGAAUGUUUUUUUUUACUGGAAGCAGUAGUAGCAUUAUAUGAAUGAGUAUGAUCACUUUCAAAUAACACAUUUCUCUUGCUAGAGUAAUUUCACUAUAGGAAAAUACCCAAAUAAUGUUGUCAAUGUAUUAUCUCCACAUAUUUGCAUCCAAGCUGAGUCCAUGUUGAUCCAACACAAAAAACCUGCUUUUUUAAAUGGAGAUUUUCAUGAAAAAUUAGUACAUUGUUACAUUACAGCAUGGGAAGUGGCCAUACUCAUCACUUUCAAUUUGGACAAACAGUACAGUAUACUUCGCCUUGAAUUAUGUUUAGCAGAGAAUAUUUACUUAAUGCUGACAUUUGGUUUUAAAUCCACAGUAGUUUAGGAAUCUGCCUAUAAUUUUUCUGAAUUUAAGUAUAUUAGAUUAUCUGUUAAUUUGGGUUUUGGUAAUAGGUGUGGUGUGGUUACAGAUUUCCAUGGAUGACAACCAUUUUUAUUUGCCAGUGUGACUGAAGGCGGAAUUACUUAUUGUUUACAUGUUUAGGAAUAUAAACAUCCAUACUCUAGGCCCUGGAAUGUUUUUUUUCUGUGUCAAAAUCUGUAAACUGUGUGUGAGCCACUAAAGAAAAGUUGACUUAGAACCAGCAAAAAUAUUCAUUUUUUUCCUAUUAGAUUUAUAUUUGUUUUUUUAAUCCAAACUGCCACUUACUUUCAGUGAUUUCAUUCAUAUCUGUACAUUAUAUCUGUUCCAUUUUUA